UGUGUGAACGUGUCAGAUCGAAAGGUGGUACACUUUACAGAUUUAUUGUCAUCGAUUUUAAAUGGCGCCGACGAUAGAAAGAUAUGAAGUAAAAAGAGACAUAACCCUACUUGCUUUGAACCGUAACUCACUGUAACAAGUUUACUUUGAAAGUAACAGAGUGUGGAUUACAAAAUGGCGUCUGCUAAGUGUCAUGACGUCAGCAGGUGCUGGGCGAACUGUCCAUGACAGAGAGAUGUCCGCAGUCAUGUAUAACUUAAAAGAGCAAAGAGUCCUAGAGAAAUCUCUCCAGACCCUUGACCUUGAGCAGAGCUAUGCCAUCAGACUUUUGGAAUUAGAUAAUAGAAUAAUAAAGGUGAAAUACAAGAAACUGAAAGAGAAAGUUUCCAAAAUUAAAUCCUAUUUGGAACCAGACGAUAUUAACGAACUGCAAUCUUUAGAAGUUCAAGGUCAAUUAAAACCUUUAUACGGCGACUGUUCCGGAAGUGCUGUUAAAAUUGCCGCAGCAUCCAGAAGACUAAAUCUGGGCAAUAGCAGAGCGCCAUCUCGCAGAAGUGUACGCAGCGCUCUCCCGAGAAUUACAUUCCAUUCAGAUGAGAGUGACCUACGAUGUCAAACUGCUCCUGAAAGGAUUCAAAGAAGCAACUCAGUCACCGGCGUGUUCAUCGAGGCUCCAGUACAGAGGCUCAAACUAGAACGGCCAGCGACGGCUUUUACUCCCCAGAAUUGUAAUGUAGUCAACAGAAGCCCUACACCAAAACCUAGCAGUGGUUCUGAAGUUUUAAGGGGUGAAGACAAUGCUAAUCAUGAGGAAUCAAAAAAGAGAAAUCUGGUUGUUAAAGAAACUGCUUUAAAUUCUGGGAGAUCUUCAAUAUCAAGGUCAUUGUCGGCAUCCCAGCAUCACCAGUUUUCUAGCCACGUGACUAAUGAUGCACGUGCCGGCUUAAGUACAGCGCCUGCGCUGUACAAUAGAUCCAGAAGAUACUCUCAUAUGUCUAAUGAUUCUAUUGAAAGCAACCUAGGUGUAAAUAUUUACCAAGAAAGAAGGCAAGAACUAUUAGAGGAAGAAAAUCAAAGGGCAGCAACUCUAGAGAAGAGAACUAAACAUUUUCUUCAGAACGUCGACACAUUCCUCCAGAAAAACAUUCCACUACUUCCGGGGCAGAUAGAAAACGAAUCAUUAUCUCACAGUACUGAUAUUAAAGCUACUAGCAAAGACCCGUACUCUAGUGACUUGACAACAGUUAAAUAUCACAGACGUCGUGGUAUGGGAGUUGAGUUUGACGAUACGCCAACCUACUUCCCAGAAAGCAACUACAAAGAGAAACUGAUGACUCUGUGGAAAGAUAUGAACAAAUGUAGAUACUUGAGAGUACCAGACGAGAAAAUAGAUUUGUCUGGUAUAAAUACUUUAGUCAAAGACCAAAUGAAGAUGUUUGAGAAGUUAAAACAAGCAGACAGACCGCCACUAAGAGAAGCAUGGGAAAAUAAAAUGUCUUAGAAAUAAAGAAGUAGAAACAAUAAUAGUUCAAGCUGGGUAUCAAAUAGCUUACUUGAAAUUGAAAAAAAUACAAUUUGAUCUUAGCACACAAGAUAAUAAUAUAUUACUAGUUGAACAUAAAACACUGCUGUCAAAUUUGUUGAUGUUGUAUUGUAUAAAUAAUAAACGAUGUUGGAAUAAAAAAA